UAUCCGCAUACUAUACAAAUCUUUUGUAAUUUUGUUAAACAUUAAUUAGAAAAAAUUAAAAGUGGAAAAAGAUCUAUACCAAUAAAAGAUGUAAAAAAUUAAAAUGAAUAAACUUCUAAUACUUUUGAAUAAAUUUUAAUUGCUAAAAACGACGCUUUAUUUAUUUAAGAAUAAAAAAAAAAAUAAGCAAAUCCUUGUUUUAGACAUUCUGGUUUUGCCAUGAAAAGAUUAGAAAAAGAAGACUUAAUAAUAUAAAACAAUGCCUUUAAUGUUCGAAAUGUUCCUUCUAUGUAAUAGUUUGAUUAAAUAAACUUAAAAUAAAAGCCUACAGUAGAAUCUAAAUAUAUAAAAACUAUAUAAAGACCUUAAACUGCUUUUAAUAAUAAAAAAAAUAGAAAUUUAUAAUAAUAAACUAAUACUAGAAAAGAGAAUUCCUAAAAUAAUUUUUUCAAAAACGAAAAUAAUAAUAUAUAAUAAGAUUUUAUAAAUGAUGAUUAUGAAGAUGAAAAAGAAAUUCUUUUAAAAAAUUAAAGUGAAAUAAGGCUUAUGUUACAUCCUUAAUUACCUAAAGAAGGGUUAUAAUAAAAUGAUGUUUUAUGGGUACCAGGAGCCUAUUUUACAAAAAAUAUGAAUAAAGCUAAUUAAAUUAGCUCUAUUAGGGCUUU